AUGGAUGGGCGUCUCAGCUCCGAGGGGCAGCCCAGGCACCAGGGAGAAGGACCGAGCACCCCAGAUGGCUGGGAAGAGGAGCAGCUCCAGAAAGAUGGCACCGGGGGACCCCCAGGAGAUUCUCACUCAGUAGAACCGUGUCUCCAGAGCCUCCAGAAAUUCGUUCCCACAGAUUACGCCAGCUACACCCAGGAGGACUACGAGUUCGCAGGCGAGAAGAUCGUCCUUCGGGAGUCCAUAGAGAGCCACGGAGCGCUGGUGUGGCCAGCGGCCACGGCGUUGUGCCAGUAUUUGGAGGAACACGCGGAGGAGCUGAGCCUCCGGGAUGCUAAAGUGCUGGAGCUCGGCGCUGGGCCCGGCCUCGUCUCCGUUGUGGCCAGUAUCUUAGGUGCUGAAGUCACCGCCACAGACCUGCCCGAUGUCCUCGGAAACCUUCAGUACAACCUCCUGAAGAACACGCUGGCUCGGGCGGCGCACCUGCCCGACGUGAGGGAGCUGGUGUGGGGGGAGGGCCUGGAGCGCCGCUUCCCCAGGGCCGCGUGCCACUAUGACUACGUGGUGGCCUCGGACGUGGUCUACCAGCACCACUGCCUGCCGUCGCUGCUCCGCACCAUGGCCCACCUCUGCCGGCUGGGCACCACGCUGCUCUGGGCCAACAUGUUCAGGCUCAGCACCGAUUAUGAGUUUUUAGACAAAUUCAAGCAAGUUUUUGACACAACGCUCUUGGCCGAAUUUCCCGAGUCCUCAGUCAAGCUGUUCAAAGGCACCCUGAGGUGGGACUAG